CAUUUCUUUAGCGGAGGCGAACAGCAGGCAGGCAUUUGAGAUCCUAUGUAGCGGGAGAGUAUAAUGUUGCCAACGAUCCUCGACGUGCAGUUAUGAUUUUGUGGAAUUGACAACGAAUAACAGUGGAUUGGAGAAGGAUUGAGAUAUCAGCACAAAGAAACUAAGAGAAUCACCUACUCCAAGCAGUGUAGAGGGGGAAACCAACUACAGCAGCGCCAUGGCUGACCCAAUCAAGCUGGCUGACCCAAAGCUGGCUGAACUAAGAGACAGUAUGGCAGAUUUUAAAGUGCAGACGGCCAAGCACCCCAACCCUCCAAUCUCCUCCACUCCCCUGCGGCCGCCCAGCGAACAGCAGUCCAAGGACCGGGCCUCCAAGAGGCUUUCCUCCGAGUCCAACGGCACCAGCGAGGGUGGGGCAGGGUCGCGGACGCCCGUGGAGAUAACUGCACUGGAGGAGUCGUUCCGGCGGUUCGCCAUCCACGGCGACACGCGCGCAACAGGAAAGGACAUGCAUGGCAAGAACUGGUCCAAGCUGUGCAAGGACUGCGGUGUCAUCGACGGAAAAACUGUCACUCUCACGGACGUGGAUAUCGUCUUCACUAAAGUCAAGAAGAAAUCCUGUCGCACCAUCACGUUUGACGAGUUCAAGGCAGCGGUGGGAGAGCUGGCCAGAAAGAGAUUCAAGGAGAAAACGGGAGAGGAGGCGGAGGGGGAGGUCUUUAGGAUGAUUGAGGGGAAAAAACCUGUCAUUAAAGGAGUCACGAGAGCGGUGGCUUCUCCGACCGUGUCUCGUCUGACGGACACCACCAAGUUCACUGGGUCACACAGGGAGCGCUUUGACGGGAGUGGCCGUGGGAAGGGGAAGGCAGGUCGCGUGGACAUGGUGGACACAUCCGGGUAUGUCGCAGGAUACAAACACCAUGGGUCAUAUGAGAAGAAAGUCACCAAGCCCGCCGGGCCCCCUGGAGCCGGGCCCCCUGGAGCCAGGCCCCCUGGAGGAGGGCCACCUGGAGCCAGGCCCCCUGGAGGAGGGCCACCUGGAGCCGGAAACCCUGGAGGAGGGCCACCUGGAGCCAGGCCCCCUGGAGGAGAGCCCCCUGGAGCCAGGCCCCCUGGAGGAGAGCCCCCUGGAGCCAGGCCCCCUGGAGGAGGGCACCCUGGAGCCAAACAAGUGUGAGGACAGUAGGAAAGAAACAAACAAACAGAAACCUAAGACCAACUACUAGGAUAAUACUUUUCUAAAGAAAGAACUCCAUGAAAGCACAACAAAAAUAUAGGAUUUCAUAUUUUCCCAGCCAUCUUGUGUUUUCAUUUUGCGCGUGGGAUGUUUUGAGUUCCUCUCUUUCUGUGAUGUGUGAGAACUGGAAAACUGUUUACAUCUAUUUUUACAUAGCUAUCAGCAGCUGGUACAUUCCAAACAGAUAGCAAGUUACUGCCAAACGUUAAAAUGAACCCACCAACCAACAAGGGAAACCAACUGCUUUGCUCUGUAUUUUUGAAACCUCUUUACUGUGAUAGGGCCUUAACAUAUUUAUUAUAAGCACUAUGAAUAACACGAUGCCAAGAAAAACUAAGAGAAGAGGGAAGAAAGGGUUCGCCAAAUUGUUUAACAAAAUUGCACUUUGCUAUGGAAAGGCUAUAGCUUCUUUUGCUAUAUUUAGUUGAAGAAAUGCAUCCUUAAUUUCAUACUUUUUUUAUAGUUAGAUUUAAUGUUUAUUGGCGUAAAUUGGUGAAGUAGAUAUACUGAUAGUUUGUUAGAUUGAUCAUACCAUCUUCAAUAUCAACGAUCUGCCUUUCCUCUGGUCAAUGAAGUCUGCUGUAUGAGUCUUCAUUUACUGUCUAGCUGUCUGUCUGUUCUCCUUUAUAGUUCAUCAUAGUUUACACAUAUUGAUGACUACAUAGUUUGCCGUUCAGUUGUUCUUAAAAUAACUCAACCUUGAACAGGAUAUGUAGAAGUUCUGUGUCUUCUUGUCUUUAGAUACAUACAGUACCAGUCAAAAGUUUGGACACACCUGCUCAUUCAAGGGUUUUUCUUUAUUUUUAC